GCCGAAGAUAACGAUCCCGAUGGGGCCGUCCCAUUGUCGAAUUUCGGGUUUUCACCCUCUUCCAAAGGAUGCCAACGCCGUUGGUCCAAUUGCAAACUCGUAUCGAAAUGCCCAGCCAUCUUUCCCCAGGUGGAGGCGUAUGGGAAAUAUAAUUGCCAAUGUGGAUAAGUACUCAAAAAUCCUUUCUCGUGAGACUAUUGAGCAGGAUCGUCGCUUUUUAAAUUUCACCAAUUUGCUGGCAACAAGAAGUGAACCUCCUUAUUUGCUUUACUUAGACAGAGGAUUUCUCGAGAUCACCUUGAAUCAUAUUUGCAAUCUCAAAUACAUGCCUGGUUCUGUAGAAAGGUUAGCUGUAGUUUCAUUUGAUCCUGAGACUGAAAAACAAUUCAAUGCUGUCUACCCGAGUAUUCCUACAACGAGCCUCGAUUUUUCAUUAGUCAGGAAUUCUGUGCCAAAAGAUCUUGAAAAUCAUCGUUAUGUUAUCUACCAGCUCGUCUUGAUGAUGCGAUCUCACAUCGCUUCCGUCAUGUCACGUAGAAACAUAAGUUUUUGGUCUAUGCAACAGGAUUCUCUAUGGACUGAGAAUUUUGUGAAGAUGAAUGUGGAACAGCAUUUUCCAAACUCAUUAUUGAUUUUUGAUACUGUUGGAAACGAUCAGGUGCCAAUAUACGAACGCUUAAUGAAGGGUUGGAUAUGCGGAUCAACAUUUUUCGUUAGAGCCAGCCCAGUGACUGCCGGGUUCUUCGAAAAGGUGGCAUUGCUGAUGACCCGUCGGCAGUCACCAGAUUCUUCGAUUAUGACGUAUUUAUGCGGUGCACCACAAUACCACUGCGCAAAGAUGCCUCGCUGGGUUGUCUCAUCGUCGAAUUUUUUCAUGGGUGACAGAAGUGUGAUUCCCUUCAUCAUACAGGUUGAUCAUGAAUCAAAAAUGUCUAAGAUGGAGCUGUUCAGAAAGGAGAACUUUUUGUUUAUGAAGGACGAUGGAUCGUGUAACGCUUCUGCUGUCGUGCACCUGAAGGAGGCUGUCACUAUUGCACUGGAUGAGGUUCGAGUAGAACUAAAGGAGGAAGAAAUGCCUGUGUUAGAUUAUGUACUCUGGAAUCUGCACAGAUGGUUCGGAUUCGAUCCAUACAACAACAAAAACUUCCUCAGAGUGCAUGAAGGAAUUAUCUAA